AUGUGUAGUAGUUGGAAGGGUGUGCCUAUUUCGUGCAUCAUUGGCUCUCAAUCGCCGUGGGGUGCACCGGAGUUUCCCUUAGUACAGCCGUCGUAUAACCAUACGGUAUUGUACCAUAUACCAGGUGAUUCCCAAUUAGACAGACCCCCAAAACCACAGAUUGGUCAUGAAAAAUGGGAUCCCGAACAUGUGAGGCUGCCAUUCUCUACUCAAAGCCUGUAUCCUGUUGAAAACAAUGCAGGUGAAACUAAACUCAAAAAUCGAUGGGAUAUGGUUCAGAAUGCUUUAAACAGACCAAUACGUAACAGUAAGGAGCUCGCUGAAGCUAUAUUGAGUUAUAACACUCAGUUCAAAAAUAGAUGGAAAUUUACAGCAUUACAUUACUUGUUUGAGGAGUAUUUAGAAGAAGAGGAGUCUCGGUACUUUUUUGAUGUGACAUUACCAGAAAUUGCUAAGCUCGCUUUGUCUAUAACAAAAUUAAUACAAGCUCCAAUACCUUUGUUGAAACAGAAUAAGAACAGAUCUAUAUCUUUAUCGCAACAGCAGAUAUCAUGUUUAUUAGCGAAUGCAUUCUUCUGUACAUUUCCACGACGAAACACUACAAAGAAAAAUUCUGAAUAUGCCUCAUAUCCCCAUAUUAAUUUUAAUGUUACAGUUCCAGUUGGAGUGGUCACUGUGUCUCGUCGUUUUGUUCCUGUAAAAGAACUACCAGAUUGGAAGAGCUCCGAGCGAGUUAUAUCCGAACUCCCUGUUCAUUGUGACUCGGAAAACACUAUAGAAGAAGCACAUGGCUUGAUACAAGUGGAUUUUGCUAAUAAGUACUUAGGCGGUGGUGUAUUGAGUUACGGCUCGGUCCAAGAGGAGAUAAGAUUCAUGAUAUGCCCGGAGUUGAUGAUAUCUAUGUUGUUUACCGAGGAACUGAAGCCUAAUGAAGCUUUGAUGAUUAUAGGUUGUGAACAGUAUAGCACAUAUUCUGGCUAUGGUCAUAGUUUCUCGUGGGGCUCCAACUAUAAUGACACGAUCCCGCGGGACUCCUCUGGCAGAAGACGGACCGCAGUCCUGGCUAUAGACGCUCUGCCUGUCAGGGGUCGCCAACACGAGAUAAAUGCUAAAAAUAUUACCAGGGAUCUCAAUAAGGCGUGGGUGGGUUUUUCGUUCUAUUGCGGCAGUGAGUCGGGUCUGAAGUACCCUGGAGUGGCGACCGGCAACUGGGGCUGUGGGGCCUUCGGUGGGUCGCCGCGUCUGAAGUUCCUCAUACAGACAAUGGCUUUAACUAUGGCUGGUCGGCCGCUGGCCUACUACACCUUCGAUAAUAAAGUGUUGAGAGACGACAUUAUAAGAUGCUAUGAGUUGCUUGUCAGACAUCAGGUCACCGUUGGUCAAUUGUACAAUAUUAUUAUGAGCUACUGUGACUCGAAUCAACAGAGUGGUGAUAUUUACACAUACCUGGAACACACUCUGGAGAAUAGACAACCGGUUAAUAAAAAGAACGAUACAAAAAAAGUACAGCAAACAAAUGAUAGCGGUAAUACCUGUGAAGAUCUGAUUCUUGCUAGAGCGUUGGAUUUUUCGCCGGACAUAUUCUUGCAAGACGAAGAUAUUGGUGAAUACUCGAUGGAUUUGAAAGAUAACACAAAAGAAAUGGCAGUUAUAGAUCUAGACACGAGUCAGAGCGACGAUAAUAAAUGUGUUGAUAGUAAAAUGAUAGUUAAAGAUGAACCAGAAAAUAGUAAAACAAACCAAACUUCCAGAUUAUUCGAUGAGAUGGAAAAAUUAGAUGAAGACAGCGGCAAAUUGAAUCUUAAGAGUCCACAGAAAACAUUCUUUGGACAAAAAAAUAAUGAUUUGUCUAUGGACGUUGGCGAGAAAUUACAUACAGACAUCUCGCCGGAUGUCAAAAAGAAAUUAACCAAAAAAAUUACAGAUUAUUUCACUAAGAGCCUUUAUGAUUUUGUAUAA